UUCCUCUUUCUUUCAUAUAUAUCUCUUAUAUAUUCUUCUUCUAGUGGUUUCUUUCUCAUUUGCUAAUUUGCUUAUUUGUUGGGCCAGUUAAUUUGCUGGAGAUAUAAUGGGAGAUAGCAAUGUAAACCUACCUCCUGGUUUUCGUUUUUAUCCAACAGAUGAAGAGCUCGUCGUCCAUUUUCUUCAUCGUAAGGUUUCCCUCUUACCUUGCCAUCCUGAUGUCAUUCCUGAUCUCGACCUCUAUCCCUAUGACCCUUGGGAACUUGAUGGUAAGGCUUUGGGUGAGGACAAUAAGUGGUACUUCUACAGCAGAAAGACGCAAAAUAGGGUUACGAACAAUGGGUAUUGGAAGCCUUUAGGUGUAGAAGAAGCAGUUAUUGGGAGAAGUGGUAACAAAAAAGUUGGUACCAAAAAGUACUUAGUGUUCUACGUAGGAGAAGCUCCUUCUGGUAUGAAAACUAAUUGGAUAAUGCACGAGUUUCAUCUCUCCGAUUCUGCUUCUACUUCCUCCACUACUUCUUCUAGUACCAGAUCAUCCAAAAGAAGAGCACCCAAAAAAAUAGAUACUAGCAAAUGGGUUCUCUGUCGAGUCUAUGAACGCGAUGAAGAUCAUGACGAUGGAACGGAGCUUUCAUGCUUGGAUGAAGUUUUCUUAUCAUUGGAUGAUCUUGACGAAAUAAGUUUACCAAAUAAUUAAUUAGUUUAGGUUUAAGAGAAAAGAAAAAUUCCAACAAAAGAUCCAAAUUAAUGAAGGGUCUACUACCAAUUAUAUUAUUAUAAGUUAGUUUCUAUAAAUUAUCCUGAUGUAGCAUGCCUGUUAUUUAAUUUCUUAUAUAUUAUAGUAGGAUGUUAAUGUAAACUACCUUCAUAUGCACCUGAAGUAGUCGGCAUUAUGUACUUUUGUGUGGGUGAUCAGAAAAAAAAAAAAAAAGGAAAAACAAAAGAAAAAUAUUACU